GGAUAUAUUGAAUCAACAGGUGAAAACCAGAGAUUUAUGUCCACUUCGCUGUUAGCCACCAACCAGUCAGAACGUCACCAAAAUGGCAGAUCAACUUACAGAAGAACAAAUUGCUGAGUUCAAAGAAGCUUUCAGUCUGUUUGACAAAGAUGGCGACGGUACCAUUACCACAAAAGAACUGGGAACUGUCAUGAGAUCCCUCGGACAAAAUCCAACAGAGGCAGAGUUAUCGGACAUGAUCAACGAAGUCGAUGCAGAUGGAAAUGGAACAAUAGAUUUCCCAGAGUUCCUCACCAUGAUGGCAAAGAAAAUGAAAGAUUCAGACUCCGAGGAAGAAUUAAGAGAAGCCUUUAAAGUGUUUGACAAGGACGGCAAUGGGUUUAUCAGUGCAGCCGAACUCAGACAUGUGAUGACAAACCUAGGUGAAAAACUGACCGAUGAAGAGGUUGAUGAAAUGAUUCGGGAGGCCGAUUUGGACGGAGAUGGUCAAGUCAACUAUGAAGAAUUCGUCAGAAUGAUGACAUCUAAGUAAAAGACAUGCCAAAACACUACAGUCUUCCGGUGGAAAAACUGAAAGCUUUCGUACAGAUUUUAUUUUUAGACGAUUUUCUACCAUGAAUAAAAGAUAUCAUUUUCCACCAUGAACAACAACUGAAAAUUUGCCAUCCAUCUAUGUACAUUGUAUUUAUUUAUUGUUAAAUAUUGUGUAAUUAUGAUUUUGUUCUGUUAUAUUAAAUAUUUUUUUUUGUUAAGAUCGUGAA